AUGCUUCAACCCCUGAGGCCUGCAAGCGACCCUGCACCCUACUUUUCUGACCCUUUGAACGCUGAGCCACACUCUUCACUGCGCAGAUACCUGUGUGUGCUGCAUGCGUGGCUGGACAGAGUGACUCCUCAUUUGUUGUUUUUCGAGUUGGAGGCGAGCGGAACGCCUCCGGAGCUGCUGUCUGUACACUUGAGGAGUUCCGCUUUCGUGCGCAGCCGCAAGGCCUACCUGUCCCUUCUGCUAAAGCAGAGGAAGCAUAUGCUGCCUUGGGAUACGGAAACAGUGCUGGAAGCCAGGAAGCCCUACGAUGCCCCUUUGGUCGCAACGACAGCGCUCAAACAGCAGCUCGCGCUCUCGCAUGUACCCUCACCAUUCUCAGAGGAGCCACAAACGGGAGACGACGCAGAUGCCACUACUGUAACCACCACCCUCACCCGAAAGGGCACCGAAGAGGGCGAAGUAGAGGCGGACACACGGACGCACGGCCAAAAGAAGGUAGAGGAAGAAAAAGGAACCGAGGUUGGGAUACAAGCUCGCACACACCUUGACGCAGAAAGGCCGAUCCAGGCACAACAAGAGGGGGUCACGGAGAAAGACUCAAUGACGGGAAAACAGAGACCACUGAAGGAAAAGAAGAGGCACAGCAAGGAAGCGCGCGCAGAAACAGUGUCUCUAACUACAGCCCAACAAGCAACGCAGCAUUCUAGUCAAGCGAUCAGAAAAAGGGCCCUAGAAGCCGUCGACCAGGGCAUUCGGUCUCAGCGACUGGACGUUCUCGCAGCUGUCUCCUUAAACGCAGUGUCUGGAAUUUGGGGAAUUGACAGCAAGCAACGCAACUACCCUGUAAGCCCCAAGGCUGGUUUCGCCGCUUACCUCCCCUUCUGUGAUAAAGAGCUCACCAAACUCAUAGAAGAAAAAAGGAUAGACGCCGCUGCUGAUCCCUCAAAGAGGCCGGGGAGUUACACCCGACCAGCAACGCCAGACACCGGGCCCUUUGUAGUCGUAUCAUUUGGUGGGACAAUAAAGGACGUCAGAACCCUAGCAAGGGAAGCGACGCACGCCUGUCUCCUUUCUCUAAGGUCCCCCCUAGGCGCCUUAGCAUGGGUUCCCCCUCCAGCUUUAGCGGAGACAGCAGCCCGCCUGGGGGAGAGAAUUUUAAACGAAAAGCUUAGAGCAGAUGCCACUACUUCAAUGGAAAGAUUGGCACAGGAACUGGUCCAUGAGGCGAGGGAAGAAGGCAUUCUGUUCCCCGAACAAUUUGAUAAGCUUUGGCUGCAAGCCACAGAGGAGAUGUUUGGAAGUGAGGGGACAGUAUUUGACUCCUUUGGACCCAUAGGAAGAACGUGGGCUACAGUGCUGCAUUUCCACAUGCUUCCGUUCAGUGUGUACCUUUACGCAUUGGCUCCUCUAAUGGCGGAAUUGAUCGCACAGGGGAUAGAAACGCAUCCCAGAGAAGCGCAGCAGAAGCUGUUCGCGGUGCUUGCUGCUACCAAAGAUGAUAGCCCUUUGAACCUCUUAAGUGAGUUACAAAGCGCGCAGAGUCAUGGUGAGCAUAAAAACGAAGAUAUGAAGAGUGAAAGGAACAGGGAUGGCAUGGAGUUUGGUGGCAAGCAUUCUAAGCACAUGGCUUCUGACACGGUAAGGGCUUCUAAAGUGGAGGACGACGAUGCGCAUUUAUACACCGAGGAAGACGACUCCGAAGCAGAAGAGCCUGAAAAGGAUCCCACGGAAGACCUCCUUGCUAUUGAAGAGGAGCCGUUGCUGUUCUCGCAGCUCUUUGAGGCCCUGAGCAUAAACCCCCAAGACGUGGGAGUUUGGACACGCGCCUUGAAGGCGCACUUUGGUGGGUUGCAGCAAAAAGCCCCUUGUAGCUUUCUGGCAAAGAACACUCUUUCUCUAUUAAAUCUAUUGUCUCCCUUGUUCUCCCGUUCCUGA